GUCACUCCCAACUCUCCACGGGUCCUCGUCAACCCAGAACCACAAUCGAAACCUGUUCUAAAAGCCACAGCCAUGGCGACCCUCAAACUCUCAAGAGCCCAGCACUCCCUUUCUCCACCUCACAAAACUCUCUUCUUCUUCUCCUCCGCCACAGUCUGGUACAAGUACACCCCUCCACCACCUCACCAACAAGACCCUAUACUCUCGGCAAUCUCUGAAGCCAUUCUCAACACCAAAACAAAGCCUCUAGGCUCCUCUCUCAGAAAGCUCCUCCCUUCUCUCACAGCCAAUCACGUUAUCAACCUCAUCAACCUCAACCCCUGCUCUCUACCCCCCCAAUCUCUCUUCUCGUUCUUCCACUGGCUCUCUUCCCAGCCCACCUUCCGCCACACUCUCCACUCCUACUGCACCAUGGCCCACUUCCUCUGCUCCCACAACAUGCUCCCACAAGCCCACUCCCUCCUCCAAUUCGUCGUCUCUCGGAAAGGCAAAGACUCGGCGUGCUCUGUCUUCGCUUGCAUUGUCGAAACCAAAGGUACCCAUUACUCCAGUUUAGUGUUUGAUGCUUUGAUUAAUGCGUAUACCGAUAAUGGAUUUGUGUCCGAUGCUAUUCAGUGCUUUAGGUUGGUUAGGAAGCAUAAGUUUCGAGUCCCAUUUCAUGGUUGUGGGUAUUUGCUCGAUAAAAUGGUGAAGGCAAACUCCCCCGCGUCGGCGUGGGAGUUUUAUAGGGAAAUUUUGGAUAGUGGGUUUCCGCCUAAUGUGUACAGUUUCAAUGUCUUGAUGCAUAAACUGUGUAAAGAGGGUAAACUUAAGGAGGCCCGGCUGGUGUUUGAUGAAAUUGGGAAGCGGGGUUUGCGUCCUACGGUUGUUAGUUUCAAUACUUUGAUUAGUGGGUAUUGUAAGUCUAGGGAUUUAGAGGAUGGGUUUAGGUUGAAGAGGAUUAUGGAGGAGACUGGAAUGUCUCCGGAUGUUUUCACUUACAGUGUUUUGAUCAAUGGAUUGUGUAAGGAGAGUAGGUUGGAUGAUGCAAAUAGUUUGUUUGAUGAAAUGUGUGAGAGGGGAUUGGUUCCAAAUGAUGUUACUUUCACAACUUUGAUCGAUGGUCAAUGUAAGAAUGGGAGAAUUGAUUUGGCCAUGGAAAUUUAUCAGCAAAUGCUGAGUAAAGGUGUGAAACCUGAUUUGAUUACAUACAAUGCACUCAUCAAUGGCCUUUGCAAAGUUGGAGAUUUGAAAGAAGUACGGAAAAUUGUUGAUGAGAUGAGUAUAAGGGGUUUGAAGCCUGACAGGAUCACAUACACUACUCUUAUUGAUGGAUAUUGCAAGGAGGGGGAUUUAGAAUCAGCCUUGGAGAUUAGGAAGGGAAUGAGUGAAGAAGGGAUUGAGCUUGAUAAUGUGGCUUUCACAGCCCUUAUUUCAGGGCUGUGUAGAGAGGGAAGACUUGUUGAUGCAGAAAGAACAUUGAGGGAGAUGUUGAAUGCUGGUAUGAAGCCUGAUGAUGCAAUAUAUACUAUGGUCAUGGAUGGCUUUUGUAAGAAGGGUGAUGUUAAGAUGGGUUUUAAGUUGCUCAAGGAGAUGCAGGCUGGUGGACAUAUACCAGGUGUUAUUACAUAUAAUGUGCUUAUGAAUGGACUUUGUAAGCUAGGGCAGAUGAAGAAUGCAAAAAUGCUGUUAGAUGCUAUGCUUAAUUUGCGUGUGGUUCCAGAUGAUAUUACAUACAACAUUCUGUUAGAAGGGCAUUGUAAGCAUGGAAACCCUGAGCAUUUUGAUAAAUUUCGGAGCGAGAAAGGCCUCGUUUCAGAUUAUGCUUCUUAUGCUUCGCUAGUUCGUGAAUUCAGUAAAACUUCAAAGGAUCGCCAAAGGGGAUGAUUUCCGCUUGUGUUGGAAAUCACAAGUGUCAAGGUUAGCUGGCUCAGUGGACUAGUGAAUACCAGUCCUGUACUUAAAUAGGGGAGACUUGAGAUGAUUUCCUUACUUUUCAUCUCCCAAAGAACAAAAAUGAAUAGAGCGACUUAAGAUCAUUGCAAAUCAAUGUAUGGUUUCCACUCAUAGAGGAGCUGUCAAUCAUUGCUUAUGGACAUAGUUUGAAGCUCUCUGACUGAAUUUUGAAACAAGGAACAGGAAGUAGCUUCAUUUGGCCAUAUUUAAACUCGCAUCAAGUUAUUUGUAUGGCAAGAGUUACUGCAGUCUAGAGAUCCCAUGAGAAAGUAUCAUAUGCAGCUAAACCUUUCAAUAUAUGUCCCUUGUCUGCUACUGCAGCCACUCCAAGAGAACUCAUUCUCGACAUUGUGCAGAUCCAGUGGGGGUUGUAGUGUGAGCUUCUUUUAUUUAUUUCAGCAAUGGAGCUUGAAAGCUAAAUCAUGAUGGCGAUGGGGAUCAGAUAUGUUACCUUUGAUCUAGUUGUAAGGAGAUUCCAUAGAUGGUUAUAAGGUGUCUUGGAUUUCCGGACAGUCAGGCUCUUUAGUUUGCUUGAAAUGGGAAAGGUCCCUUGAUCUCAGCAGAAUAUUCUGCCUUUUAACUUCUUGCUUCUGAUCCAGCAUGUGGAAAGGAUUCAGAAGUGGUGCAGGGUGACAGGCAUGCUAGAGUGUUUUAACAUACAAUGUGCUUACCGGUGGUUUGUGUGAGCAAAGGCAGAUCAAAACCAGAGGAUAUAUGCUAUGCUUGACUUGGGGGUGCUUCUAGAUGAUAUUAUAGGCAGGUAUCUAUCUACUAGGAUAUGCCAAGCAUUGAAAACCAGAGGAUUUUGAUGAAUGACAAACUGACAAGGUGCUUCUGUUGGAUUACAGACGUUAUACUUCACUACUUAAUGAAUUCAUUCAGAAGAUCCAUAAGAUGAUUGUCGCAUGUCUUAAGUUGGCCUAGUUGAUGAGUGAAUGCAAGUUUGGUAAUGGUUAACUGCCUUAACCUUAAUGGAGACGAGUCACAUUGAGAACAUUUUUUUUUUUUUGAGAAGUAAGAAAACAUUGAGAACAUUUAACAGUAUACAAAGUGGAAGAUAAUGAACAGAAAUUGCAGAGACAA